AUGAAGGUCUUACCAUUCGGUCUUGUAUCAUCACCAGCUAUUUUGACCAACGUCACGAAAAGAUUAUUAUCGGAUCAGAAUCUUGAAGAAAUAGCUAAUGCUAUUUAUAUGGAUGAUAUAAUUUGGUCGUCGAAUUCAGAAUCUGAUUUAAUGAAAAUGAUUGGUAACGUCAAAGAUUGUUUCAACAAUGCUGGUUUCACAAUGCAUAAAAUUUGCUCGAAUAGUGAUCUGGUUUUGAAUAACAUAGAUUGUGAAGAGCAUGGUAGCAAGAAGGUUUUGGGUGUCAUUUGGAACACUCAAAAUGAUUCGAUUUCGAAUGUCAUUCCAGAUAUACAGCCAAUCAAUACCCGACGUGAAUUAUUAUCAAUGAUUGGUAAAUUUUUUGAUCCAUAUGGCUUUCUAGAUCCUUGGAAGCUCAAGCUUCGAUCUUUAUAUCGUGAAAUUCUAUUGAAAGAUUGGGAUGAACCUUUACCCGAUCAAAUUAUCAACGAUGCGAUGACACAUUUGCAAUGUAUAGAUGAUCUUAAAGAAUUGAAAAUGAAUCGAAACAUCGAUAUGAAUGGUGAUUUACACGGAUUCGCAGAUGCAUCUCUAUCGGCUUACGGUUAUGCAAUUUAUAUCAAGAAAGAUGACGAAAUGCAUUUUUUAUUCGGAAAAGCUAAGUUGUCACCGUGUAAAAUCAAAACUAUCGUAGAAUUAGAAUUACUUGCCUUAUACGAACUGGGCAAAAUAUUGAGUCGAAUGCACGUUGUUUUCCAUAACCGUAUUACAAUUUGGUCUGACUCUAUGAUUAAUUUACAACGUUUCGGCUCAUCUCCAAAUAAUCAAAAAAGAAACGUGGCAUCACAAUUAAUGAAAAUUUUGAAAAUUGUGAACGAUUUAAAUAUUACGAUUCGUCACGUUAAUGGUUUACGUAAUCCUGCCGACUUAUUCAGUCGAAUUAAUGAUUCGAAUAAUCGAUUCGAGACUUAUCGAGUCUCUUCCAUUUCAAUCAAAAAUUUCGAAUUUGCUGAUCAUGUUGAUGAGUUCAGAAAACUGGAAUCUAUCGAUCAAAUGAUGAAUUUCGUUGAGAAGUUAUUACCCAUUGGUAAUACGGCUAUUGAUAGGUGGAAUUUGAUAUAUCGUUUUUCGCAGUUCGGCAGCAAUACCAAUCAAAUUAAUCUCCCUUUGAUGUACGAUGAUAUUGUAAAAAUUAAAACGAGAAACCCGAAUUUUAGUCCAAUUUGGAUUCCUAAGGAAUCCAAUGUAGUUUUGGCUUUAAUUCAGUUUUAUCAUUUGGAAACAUUACAUGGUGGAAUAAAAACAACUAUGGCAGAAAUUCAAUCAAGAUUUUAUAUCCAAAAUUUGUAUCGAUUAGUCAAAAAAUUCAUUUAUUAUUGUCAUGUGUGCCAAAUUGAAAAGAAGAAACCGAUCGUUCAGCCAUUGGCUGAUUUGCCUUCUUCCCGAGUUAUAUUUGCCGCACCUUUCGAAUGUGUAUGCAUCGACUUUUUUGGUCAUCUUUCCUAUCGUAACGGAAAGAAAUUUUAUAUUUUAAUCGUAACUUGUUUGGUGUCUCGAAUGGUCAAGCUAGAAGUGGUUAAUUCUCUAUCGGCUAAUUCUGCCUUGACAGCUUUGAAUAACGUUUUCUUGCAAUGUGGUACACCUCGUAAGAUCUACAGUGAUAAUGGCACGAAUUUCGUUAAGUGCAACAAAGAAAUUAAAAAAUUUCUCGAUCAAUUAGAAGAAUCUAGCAAAUUGGAUAACAGAAAUAUUGAAUGGAUAUUUUCACCACCUGGUGCGCCAUGGUAUAACGGUACUGUUGAACGUUUAAUUUCUGUAACCAAACGAUGUUUAAGAUGCUUGGAUGCUAGCUUUCGUUCAUUUGAAGAUGCACGAACUACAUUUUUGAAAAUCGAAUCUGUCAUUAAUGGACGUCCAAUCGUACAAGAUGAUGAUCGUUGGAUAUCUCCAUUUGAAAUCGCUUACGGUCGACAACAACAACCAUUGAUUGACGUCAAUGCUGAUUUAGAUACAAAUGGUAAUUGGCCAAAACGUUUGAAAGAAGUCCGUUCUAAAUUUGAAAAUUUUUGGCGUUCUCAGUAUUUGGCCUCUCUGAAUCAAAAUAAUCAACCAAAAAUUACGGAUAUAAAAAUUGGGGACUACGUUCUAUUACCUUCUGAUCGUUUUAUAAAACGGAAUAAAUGGCCGAUCGCCAAAAUUAUUGAUAUUUGCAACAACUCCAAUAAUGAUGAUAAAGUUAUUCGAUCAGUAAAGAUUCGCCGUUUAUCUGACGAUGCUGAAUAUAUUAGACCGGUCAACGGAAUGAUCUUGUUGGAUCGUUACAAAAAUUAAAUUCGUCAUCUCGCGCCGGGAAUGUCGUGAAACAUGAGUAAAAGUUGCCACUACCUCUCAUGGCUAUUUUUUGUCUUAAU